AAACGGUUUGCUACUUAUUUUAUCAGUCAUUCAAAUAGUUUUUUAAAGAAUUGCAUUAGAGAUGUUUACACAUUUCCCAUGUACUGUACAAGCAUAAAAGAUGAGGUUGUCUGAGAUAGUACAGUACAGACCUGUGGGAAGAUGGACUUGGCCCUCUACCUGUCGCCCCACCUAUGUUUAAGUCAAUCAUUAAAAAGUGAGCUCAGAAAUACAUCGCUUAGGCAAUAGGAAGCCACCUUGAUAUAGAUUUGUCAUAACUAUUUAUACACAGUUAUUCACAUCUAAGCAUCAGUUAUUGCAGCUAAACCGAUAACAGAUAAGUGGGUAUUAACUAUCUAGGGGGUCCUAAUAAAAAUUCUUGAAAAUUUCUGAUUUCACUGGAGAAUGGGGAAGACGGACAACUGCACGUUCAUGGGAGGUGGGAUCCCUCUGUCAUCUGAGUUCUUUAAAGUGAUCAAGAAUGAUCUCUGGCUGUUCCUCCUUCCUGCUGUGUUUGCUGUGCUUCUGCUUGCUCUCUUCAUGGAGGAGAUCGGCUUCUUUCUGCACCACGUCCCCUCUCAGCGGCGUAGACGUCUCAGCCUGUGGAUCCUGGGAAUAUAUCCAGUCUUCGGGAUGACGUCUAUCAUUGCGCUGUAUAUUCCACGCUCAUCAUCUCUGUGCAAUUUCAUUGCAUCUCUUUAUCACUCCAUUACACUCUUGAAGUUCAUGGGUCUUAUCAAAGACUUCUUCGGUGGAAAGACUCGCAUGCUGGAGAUGUUAGCAGGGCAGCACGUGUCUCCAAACCCCUUCCCUUGUUGUUGCUGCUGCUGUCUUCCUCUCUUCAACAUCAACAAGACCAGUGUGAGCUGGAUGAUGGCUGCUGUUCUUCAGCUCUCUGUGGUCAGAACAAUUCUGUUCUUCCUCACUCUUGUCCUCUGGACUGAUGAACAAUAUGACUACGGGGAUGUGAAUUCAGUUAAUCUCAACAUGUAUGUCAAUGCCAUCAUUGCCGUAUCCACAUUUCUGUCCUUCUAUGGCUACUUGCUGUUUUAUAAAGCCACAAAAAGGGCAUUGCCUGGAUAUGGUCUUCGAGCCAAGUUUAUCUGCAUCAUUGUCAUUCUGGUCCUUUGUGGACUACAGAGUGGAAUUCUGGAGACCAUGGGUGCGCUGAAUGUCAUCCCCUGCGCUCCUCCCUUCUCUGACCUGUUUCGGUCUCAGUUAAUCUACCACUAUUCUGUAAUUGUGGAGAUGUUCUGCAUAAGCCUCUUUGCACAUCACGCAUUCCGGAAAGUUGAACCCUGUCAUGACGAAGGUGAAGAAAUGGAAAUUGAUGUCAUAAGUGCUCUCAAUGAAAAGGCAGUUCAGACAGAAGAUGAGCUGCCAAUCGCUGUGCAGCUCUCCUCUCAAGAAGACGAUCCUUGCUAUUCUAAUCUUGGAUACAAUAGCGACAGUGAAGACAGCCUUUGUAAAAUUGAGCAUGCACCAUUGGACCGCUUCCCCUUCCCCUUACAGCACAGACUGCAAACUGCAGCAAACACUGAGAAAAUACACACUACACCACCUAAGGACUUCAUGAGUGUGGAGCGGCCGACAAUUACUGUCAGUGCUGAAAUUAACCAUGUUAACAAUGGGGAUGCUACUGUUGUAUAGAAGAGAGAGAGAGAGAAAAAAGUAUAGCUGUACUUAUACUUUAAAAUGCUUAUACUUUAAGUGUGACAUUAUUACACUUCAUAUGUCUGUGACUCCACUGGGACCAGGAAACUAAAUCAAGGUAUUUAAAAGUAAAAUGUAAUGAAAUGUAAAUUUCAUCAGCAUAUCAUGUUUUUAUUUCUUGUAAUCUCUAAUAUAGUACCUGAAGUUUACCGUUAUAAAUGCAUUUAAAUAAAAAGUACUUAAGUCUUAAGACUAGGCCCCAGAUACUGUAUAUAUGUUUAUAUAAAAAAAGUGUACAUAUUUAUCAGUGGUAAAAUUGUGGAUUCAAUAGAGUUUUACAUUUGAACCUAUAAAACCUAAAUAUGGCCCAGCGUAGACGCCAUACUGAAUUUGGCUGUCAAAAAUUCAAUAUGACUCAACCCUGGUCACUGAGCCAAUUUCUAUGAAGACAACUUAACGAUUUGUUUAUUAAAAUUGUUUA